AUGCAAUUGCUCGAUUCAUCCAUCGGCAUUCUCGAUUCUGGCACUAGUGACUUUCCACGUUUGGCCAAGGUCCUGCAGGCCACUAGGGUAGGAUUAUCCUUUCUCCCCUUCACUCUACGAACAAAUCUGACAAUGACACUGUAUAGCNAUUUCGAACUUGUCUCCGAGCCUGAACUACAGAACGCCCAAUCUGCCCUUCUCUCUGAAAUCCAGCCCGAGGUCGAAUCCUUGCUCGAUCGUGUUGCUGCCUACCUCGACAAGCUACAGCGUCGCGAGGAGUCUUUAAUUGCAAAGUGCGAGUUACAAGAGGGUCGAUUGUCUUCGCGUCACCCUCAGCAACAAUACCACCCGAGACCCUCCGCGAGCUCAUCAUCACAUGCUGCCGCCAAUCCGCUGGAAGAGCUCAAGAUGCAGCAGCUUAGGCAGAAGAAAGAUCGUCUCAGCUAUGCUGUCGGCAGACUCGAGUUGCAAGCAAACCAAAGAGAGAGACAGUUGAGAAAGAGCAUGGCUGGCUUUUGA